AUGUAUUCACUUUUAUUAAAUUUCUGUAUAAUUACCAGUUUUUCAAUGACUGUCAGUGGCAUGUCCAUUCGCGAGGUCAGAUUGCGAGAAGAUUUUCUCGAUGAAAAAUACUACAACAUUUCUGAAAUAUCUAAUCUACUUAAUGAUAUUGAAAAACAGUAUCCAACUUUAGCACAAGUUCAUGAAAUUGGUGUUUCAUCUUUGGGUCAAAAUAUUUUGGCUAUAGAAAUAACAUCAAAUGUUGGAUCAAAUAGAAGAAUUCUUAAGCCAAUGUUCAAAUACAUUGCAAAUAUGCACGGAGAUGAAACUGUUGGCUUGCAACUUUUAUUAUAUUUAGCUCAAUAUUUGACAUUGUAUUAUGGUACAGAUGAACGUAUUACUAGAAUUGUGGACACGACUGAUAUUUAUAUUAUGCCUACCCUUAAUCCUGAUGGAUAUUCUGUUUCACAUGUAUAAUCAUUUUUUGAAUUCAUAUAAUUUAUUUAAUAAAUAAUAUAAUUUUUAUAUUUUUUUGUCUUAGGAAGGUGACUGUCUGUCUCAAAAAAACUACACUGGACGAAAUAAUGCGAAAGGUAUAGAUUUAAACAGAAACUUCCCACAAAUAGAUAAAAAAUCUUUUGACAUGCAACAACCAGAAACUAGAGCGGUUAUAGACUGGAUCCUUAAUAAUCCGUUUGUAUUGUCAGCAAACUUUCAUGGUGGUGCUGUUGUUGCCAGUUAUCCCUUUGACAAGUACUAUAGGUAUGUAAGACUUGAAUUUAUAAUAUUUAUUAAUUAAUUUAUACAGUUUACAAAUAACCAGGGAAGAUAAUCUACUAUAAAUAUAUGUGAAAUUAAACUUAACAAUCAUUAUUGUAUUAUGAAUAUAGUUAGUCUUACAUUCUUAUUAGUGUUAGCGCUUGAAUAAUAGGUGCCCUGAGCAAAUAAACAACUAUUCGAUUCUCUAUAAAUAAAUAUUAGUUAAUAAAAUAAUAAAAUAAAAACAAAAUUAUUGAAAUGGUUAAUACUCGAAAAUAAAUAUUUAAAUACAAAAUAAAUGAAUUAAUGCGUCGUCUGGAGUAUUAUGAUAAUUGUAUUAUAUGACCUGUUUUGUAUUAAAAAUUCAUCAUCUGGUAUAUCACAGUCAAAAUGUAAAAUGAGACUGAAUAUAAAAAAUUAAAUGAAUUGGUCGUUUUACAUAGAAAUAAUUUAUUAUAAUAGGAGAUAUUAUUUAAAAUGGGUUAGGUUUUUUGAUGGAUUAGACAUAGAUAUGUUAAGAAUUGUAAAUCAUUUGGUUAUUAUUUAUUAUCUAAAAUCUGAUUACAAAAUAGAGGCUCCCUACUUAUAUCCAUUCAUAAAAUUACAUAAACAAGAUAAUCUGAUUUGUCCAUUAAUUAACUUUAAAACUGUUCCAGCUUAUAACCUUGUUAAAUAUUUAGACUUUAUCAUAAUAAUAAAUUAUAUUCACAAAAAGAUGGAUUAGUUAUGGAUAGUGGUUCUUUAAGUGCUCUUUUAUCUGAAAUUUACAUGCAAAAUUAUAAAACCAAUAAUAUUAUUAACCAGAAAAUAUACAGUCCAUAUAUAAAAUCAUAUUAUAGCUACAUAUGUUGUUGGCACAAUCAUUUUGUUUAGAGGUUCAAAUAGGCAAGCAGACAAUUUAGUUAACUACUUAAACAAAAUAAAUAAACACAUUCAAUUUACACUUGAAAUACAAAAAAAAAAAAUUAAAUUUCUUAAAACUUACAGUUUCCAUAAUCAACAAUAAAUUUGAUUUUAGUAUUUACAAGAAACCUACACAAACUGAUGCUAUAAUACCACAUGAUUCUAAUCACUCUUAUUCUCUAAAAAUAUCUUUCUUAAUUAAAUAUUCUAUAGGCUUAAACAUAUUCCAUUAAAUAAACACCAUACACAUUAUCAACACGAGCUCUAUAUUAUCUAUAAUAUAGCCCAUAGAAAUAAUUUCAAUUUAAUUACUAUGAAAAAAAAAUUCAUAAAUGUAUUAAAAAAAAAAUAAUACACAAUUUACCAAAUAAUGUCGUUAACUAUUAUAGUAUGAAAUAUCAAAAUAAAAUGUUACUAAAAUAAUGAAUUCGCUAAAAUUCUGAACGAUAAUACAAAUAAUGAAAAAAUUGUUUUUAAGACUAAUAAUAUUUUAAUCAAACAUAUAAACAAUAGAACUAAAAACUUCACAAAAAAUCCCCCUUCUUUUUAAAAUGCUGCUAUAUAUAAAUUUAAAUGCAACUGUAAUCAAUUUUAUAUAGGUUAGACAAAAAGAAAUUUUAAAAUAAGAUAUACAUUUCUGAAAUAAAAAUUAAAAAAGACUGCCCCCAAUUGAAAUUUCACUUAACAUGUUUUAAAAAAAUAACCAUGAUGUAAUCUUUGAUAUUAAUACAGACUUAGAAAUAUUAAGUACCCAAAAUAAUCUACAUUAAUCCAGUUUUAGAAGAAUUACAUAUAUACAAUGAAAUAAAGAAAAAUAAUUUUAAUGAUAUUUUAUUGGUAUCAAUACGUUUUAGAUUAUAAAUAAUAACCAAAUGAUUUAUAUUUCUUUACAUACCUAUGUCUAAUAAUAACCCAUUUUAAAUAAUCUCUCCUAUUAAAAUAAAUUAUUUCUAUGUAAAACGACCAAUAUGUAAAGUUUUUUCUAAGUAUUCUUUCAUUUAAUUUUAGGUUCCAAAUGUAACUUGGGACCUAUUGAUUUUACAAUGCUGUUUUUUUUUAUAUAUAUAUAUAUACUCUAGACCACUUUUAUCCUAGAAAACUUGCUCCGAUGUAUAAAUGUAGCACCUUUUUUGAAAGAUAAUUUUAUCUACUUGGUAUAUACAUAGGUCAUUUUUUGAUUUUUGAAACUGUAUUUAAAAUGAAAACGAUUAACCGGGGAAAAAAAAUACGAUUUAUUCACUAUUUUGUUAUUUUAAAUAAGUACCUACUAAGUUUUCAAGCAUAAAUAUGAAUCCAAUUGAAAAACUAUAAGAGAUCAUAUUUUUGUUGAAUUUUUUUUUUAUAAGCAUUUUGAAAUCAAAUUAACCAAAAAACCGCCAAAAACGUCGGCACUUCAAAUUAUGUAUUACCUUGGAAUCGUCUUUUGUCAGCAAUGGUUUAUCAUUGCUUACAGGUAUAAACGAAAUAAUCUUAUGUAUCCUACCUUCCCUUCAUCUACAACAGUAGCUGCACCCGUUCCGAGUAUCAGCUCUUUUUUGUAUUCAGUCGUAUAUUACAUUUAGACUGUGAUAUACCUGAUGAUGAAUUUUUAAUUCAAAACUAUCCUAUAUAAUACACUUAUCAUAAUCAGGCUAUUCAUUUAUUAAUUAAUUUAUUCUUAUUUUGAUAUAUGUACAUUUUUUUUUUUACCUAUUUAUUUACUAUAAAUAUUAGUUAUCUUAUGAUUAACUUCUGGCUCUGUAUGCUUUAUUCUUUCUAACAUAUUUUUCAAUACACAAUUUAUUACUUUUAUGAUUAUUCUAUAUUUUUUCUAAAUUCUAUUAGUAAAGUUAAAUAAGUAUAACAUUGCAAUUUGUAUUUACAAAUCUAAGUAGAUUUUAAUUUAAAAUUUAUAUUUACAGUUUUACUUUUAUUAUUACCAUCAAUUUAAAUAAUGCACUUUUUAAUAUAAUUUUAAUUAAAUUAUAUUAGUGAUACUGAAUUUAAGUUUUAAAAUAUGUGCCUAGUUGUCUACUGUUCAGAGUAGAAAUUGAUAUAGUAAAAAUUUUACUGUAAGAAUAGUGGAUCUAGGUUCCUAAAGUUUGGUAUGCUGAAAUUGACUACAACAUCAAGAAAAUAUGGCAUUUGUUUUAAAUUUUUUCACUUUCAUAAAUGACAAUAAACUUAAAAGUAAUAUUAAAACAUAAAAUAUUAACUAUAUAAAAAUAAAAAAAAAUUACAAGUAUUUAAUUUCAAUAUGAAUCAAUAAAAUAUAUUUAUACUCAAACUGUUUGUUGAUAAUUGGCCACAUGUGUCUUAGCUCACAUUUUACUAGUGUUCAAAGAUGACCUAUAUAACUAGUGACUUAUGGAAUCUGUCUAGCUGUUAAUUAAUUAACAAAAAUCUUAUUUAAAAUUAUUGAAAACUUUUAGUUGUUGCCUAGUGAUCAAUCUGCUUUAAUAUCAUUAUUUACUUAAAUUGAAUUUUAAUAGAAAAUAUUACAAUAUUAAUUAUUUACAGUCUUUUUAAUUAAUUAAGAUAUCAACUAUUUAUUAUUAACUUUAUUACUACUAGUAAAUAUUAUUAGUAAUAUUAUAAGUUAAUCAGUUUGAUUACAAAUAAAGAAAAAUUAGUUGAUACUAUAGUGAUAUUUUAUUGAGUAUUAUUCUAAAACAACUUUUUAUUUUGCUAUUUAAAGCUUAAUAUUUGUUGUGGGUACAGAAAAAAUAAUUGUAAUGAUUUUAUUAAUUAUUAUUUUAUGAUUCAAAUUGAAUCAAAAAUAUCUGUACUUAUAUACAUUUACUGUUGUAAACUUGCACUUAGUUUUAACAAACUAGUAAUUAGUUAAUUGAGUUUAAUAUUAAUGGUAUUAAUUCCAAAUUUUUGUUAUUAAAUUGCUAUUAUACCUAUUCUGUUGAGCUUUAUUAUAUUUGUAUACAAAAUAAGAUAUUUAAUGCACAAAUAAUAAAUUAAUUUAUAUUAACAAACAUUACAUCAUAAGUACCUAGUAAUAUUAAUAUGUUCUAAAUAAAUGUAGAUCAAAAUCUAAGUAAUCUGGUAUAAAAUAUAAUUUCUAAUUUUUAUUUUAUCAUACAGCAUUCAGGAGAUGGGUCAAUUUGUAUGUAAGUACCAAUGGGUUUAAAUUUAAAUGAAUUUUAGAGCUGCUAUAAAAUCAUUGGUUUUGCUUUGGUUAUUCGUUUAAUUUUAUACAAUUUGGAAUGCUAUCUUUGGAUUUGUUAAUACUCUUAGCUUUUAUAUUUCGUUACUGUAACAAUCAUUAUUAUUGUUAUUUUUUCAAUAUACUACAAACUGUACGUUGCACUUAGUAUUGCACAUAGUAUUCAAGGUAAAUUUUAAUCACCAAAAAGGAUCCAUGGUUAUGUACUUAAAUGCUAGAAAACCAAAUUAUAUUGGAAAUAUAAUUAUUAAAAUGUUCUGAUAUCCGCAUUUGCUGUCUCUGUUUUACAAAAAACGACAUCAAAUUUGAGUUCGUCAAGAUCAACUUUAGGAUAUAUUAUAAGAUAUAGUUAUAUUACCGUGACCAACUUAAGGGUAAUAAUAUUAUAAUUGUAUAAGAAAAGUAAAGUAAUAAUUUUGUAAAUAGUUUUUUUUUUAAAUUUUUAAUCAAGAAAAAACAUUUUUCAGAUACUGUAUUUUGUUUAAAACUAAUCUAACAUAAUCUUUAUGUUUGAAAAUAGGCUAAAUAAUUCUCCUCAAUUUUAAAACCAACAGCUCAAAAUUUGUUUUGCUGAAUGUAAAUUUGAUGUGUCAUCUGUAGAGACCAGAUCCAUAUUCUCUUAUAAUCCACAAAAAAGCGCUUUAAAACCUCAAAAAGUCUUUGAAAAAAGUAUUUAUAAACAUUUAAUAAAGCAAAAAUGAUAAAGGAUUUCAAAAGUCCCCCCACUAAUAGCUCUAACUUAUUAAAUCAAAUUUCCCAACACUACAUAAUUGAUUCAUACAAAUAAUUUCUCUUAAAAAAAAUUGUAUGUAUAAUAAUAAAAUAAUUCCUUUUGAUUAAUUAUUUUUGUGGUGUUAGAAAAUUGUAUUUAUAAAUUAAAUCCGUUAGAGGGAAGGAGACUAAUAAACCUCUUUAUUAAUUUUGCGUUUUUAUAUGUUUUUAAGUGAUUUUUUUAAAGUCUUUUUAAUGUUUUCAAGUGCUUUUUUGUGGAUUUUAAGAACAUAUAAAUCCAGUCUAGUUAUUUGUUAGUGAGACAGAAAUAUGUAGGUGUUAUGUUCUUUGAUUUAAUUGUUGAAUUAUUAUUGUAUAAUAAAAUGUACUUUGAACUUAUAUUUUUUCCUUUUAAUAAUUUGAUUUAAUGAUGAGUGUUGUUAUGCUAUGUAAAUGCAAUCACUUAUAAAUAAUAAGCCAGAUAGUAAAUGUAAUUACACUAAAAAAUAUAAUUCAUUAUAAUUCUAGGAUAAAUUUAAUCAUUACAAUUUUUUGAAAUUCAUUCAUAAAAUAUUCCAUCCUAAGGUCGAAUAAUUGACUUUUUUAGAUUAGAUUUUUUCAGAGAUGCAUUUACAUUAUUUUUUAUUCUAUAUAUAGAUAUACUGUUUGAUAUAAUCAUUAAACUAUAUAUUCAGGGUGUCUCACAAAGAUAUACCCAUUGCAAUAUCUCUGGAGACAAUAAAGAUAAUCAAAUUCUGUUUUUUUUUCUUUAUUAUUCACUGGGAUAAUGACUAUAAAUAUUUAUAUUGCAAUUAUUUUUUCAUGUUUUGGUAAAAAUUUAAAAAAAAAAAAAACUUUAUUUUAUUAUUUUGAAAAAUUUAAAGAUGGUCAUUUUAAUGAGUUUUUUUUUUUAUAAAAAUGUUUAAUGUUAUCUUCAAUUUUUUCAAAAAUAAUAAUAUAAAAUAUUUUUUUCAAACUUUUACCAAAACAAAAAAAUAAUUGCAUUUUAAAUAUUUAUAGUUUUUAUCCCAGUAUAAAAAAAUCAGAAUUUGAUUAUUUUGAUUAUCUUCAGAAAUAUUACAAUAGGUAUAAAUAUACCCAUUGUAAUAUACUCUUUGUGGGGCACUGUGUAUAGUGUACAGAAUUUUUAAAUUAUAGCAAUUUUUUUUUUUAAAUAUACAACAUAGAGAAUAAUAUAUAAUAAUACUUCUUUAUUAAGAGGAUGUUACACAUGUAUUUGUUGUUUCUGUCUUACUAAACACAAAAUAUAGUAAAAACAUGCAGACUAUAUAGAACAUAUAGGUUUGAUUUUAGGUAAAAGCACCUAUUAUGAAAUUAAUAGAGAACAAUAUUCUAGAGGGAAUAUAAUAAUAAUUCUAGAGAAUUAAAGACAUUGUCUUUUUUUAAAAAAGGUUAUUAUUUUUUUUAAGUUUUAGGUAAUUAAAAAAAACUUUAAAAAAGUUGCUAUUUAUAAACGGUAAAUUGACUUGUUAUACUUUGAGCAAAUGGAUAAAAUGAAACGUCUUGCCAUUCGAAAUAUUGUUCUUUUUUGAUUUUAUAAUAGGUGUUUUUAUUCUAAACUAAAAAUAAGUGAGUUGUGUGUAGUCUGCGUAAGCAUGUUUUAACUAUAUAGUGCGUUUGUAUGAUGGAAACAACAAAUGCAUGUGUACCGUACUCUUAAAUAUUGUUCAAUCACCUCCAAGUAAUUCAGUCUACUUAAUUAUAAUAAUCAUCGAUCACAUUCUCACACACACACGCACAUAUUAUGCGCAUUUAAUAAUUGUUAUCAUUCAUUUUGAGUUAUAUAAUAAUUAUUAUGCAACCAUAGAUUAUGUACUUAAAAAACAGUUUUUCUUAGUGAUAUUUAGGGGUUUGCGAGCAGCCCUUUUAUGAAAAAAAUGAUGUGUUUAGUUUUUAAUUUUUUUAAGCAUAAAUAAUAAUUUUAUCAAUAAAUCAACAAAUUGUUUGUUUAUAAAAUAUUGAGUAUGAAUAGAUCCACUCACCUUAAACUUUUUUUUUACCAUUAUUGACAAAUUCUCAGAUAUUAGAAACUUAUAUUUUUAAUCAUUAUUAAAAACCAACCCUUAAUACUACCUACUCCUAAAUAGUUUUUGUAAGAGUUUAAACUAUUUUUAUUUGUUUUUUAUAAAAUGUACUAUAGAAACUAUAUAUGUACUUGCCUAAUUGUUCUAAAUUUGAUAAUUUAUAUAGUUGAGAAAAAUCUAUGAUUAAUUAAAAACAAUAAUUUAAUAAUUUGCGACUACAAUAUACAGUUCUUUUCUCAGAACAUAAAAAAAAAAUAAUACUAAUGCAAUAGUGUUGAUUAAAAAAUAGGGGAAGUGACGUUAAAAAAAUUUUUAGGACAGUUAUGUUAUUUAAGUGAAUGGUUUUCAGGUUUGAUUCUUGUGUUUCACUUGAAGAUAAAAAAAAAAUCAUAGCUUUGAGACAUGGUGGUACUGUUAAUUCCCCUGUUGAUGUAGCUGUAAAAGAAAACAAAAUGCAAAAAAAAGAAUUAUCUGACUUCAUCAAAAGGUAGAGAGAUUGUUCAAAGUUGGAUGGUGAUAAAUGAUUUUGCAGAAAGAAGUGUUGCCACAUUUAUAUAAUAAGAAUUUAACUCUUGUUUUGACAAAAAAAUAAAAUGAAAACGAAUACUUUUUGCAGAUUAUAGAGUCACAUAGGAGGAAUAUUCCACGUACAACAAAAUCUCUUAUCAAAAAAACGAAUUUGUCGAAAUUUAAAUUUACACACUUGAAAUUAUUAAGGAAAUUGAUUUAAUAUUAUUAAUUAUAUAUAAAGAACUUUAUUAAUAUAAAUGUAAAUAUAAAUAUAUAGCGAACUGAACACUUUGUGAGUUGCCUUACUUUACUGUUCAAUACAUUCAUACAUAGCUUAUAAAAUAGAAUAAAAUAUAGAUGAAUAUAAAUAAAAUUAAAUUAAAUAAAGAUAAAAAUUAAAUAAAUAAAUAGAUAGCAAAAAAAAAAUAAAAUUAUUAUAAUAUUAAUUGUUAAUUAAGAGUAUAAAUGAUAGUUGAUUAUAUGUUAUGUGUCCUUGCAACACAGAUAGACAUAUUUUUGUGAGAUUGCUUCGCUGCAGACCGUGGUUUUAGAAGUAGUCCAGCAAGAGUUUCAAUGUGGUUCAAUUGUUGUAAUUGUAUAUUUUCAUAAUUUUUAGUACUUAUAAUUAGUUUUUUUUCUAUUUUCUUAUUUCAUUUUUUAUUGUUUUUGUAUUUUUUGUUUGUUAUUAUUUCAUCUUAGGUUUUCUCAACUUUUUAAAUUCUAUUUUUCUUUUGUUAUUGAGUAAAUUUAUUGUUAAUAAUAUUUAUCUCAGUUUUUUUCUCAAUUAUGAAAAAUAUUUUUUCUUUUUUCUAAUUUAGAAUAAUUUAACAAGUAUAUAUUAUAUAGUUAAUUUUAUGAGGUAUUCAAUGAAAAUAGUUUAAACCCUUACAAAAAAAUAUUUAGGGGUAAUACCAAGGGUUGAUUAUCAAUAAUUAUUGAAAAUUUCAGUUUCUAACGUCUGAGAAUUUGUUAAUAUUAGUUUUUUGCAAAAAAAAAUUAUAGGUAAUUAAAUCUAUUUUUACUCAUUAAUUUUUAUGUAAACAACUUUUUGAUGAAAUUAUUAUUUAUGUUUUAAAAACAUUGAAAGCUUGAAAACAUCACUAUUUUCAUAAAAAGGCUGCUCUAAAAUAUCACCCAAAAGUGAUGAACAAAUUGGUAAAUUUUUUAUAUAUCCUAGAAACUGCCACUAAUCAAGAAAAGAAAUCAAAUGAAAACGUUUUUUUUUUUUUUAUUAAUUAAUAUUAGUUUUUUUGUGAAAUAUAAAUUAUUCUCAAAAUUUCAAACCACGCUAUAAUUUUCUAUUACAUUAUUUAAUUAAAAUGUUGCUUAUAUUCUCUAUGAUGUAAAUUUAUUGGAAAUAAUUGCAUUAAAUUUUGUUUUUAUUUUUGUAUUUUGGAAUCUUAGUUUACUAAUAAAGGAAUAAAUUGUUACAAUCAAAUUGUUUUUUGGAUAUUCCAUGUUAAACUUAAAUUAAUUUCGAAUACAAUAAUUGCAUUAAAGUUUGAAAUAAUUAUGCAUUUCUACUAUUUUGUUAAUAUAUAAGAAAAGCGAGACAAGUGUCCUACAACUGGUCUCUGUAUCUCAAUUUUAUAAAUUUAUUUUAAUAAAUUAAACAAUUUCUUAAUUACUAUAAGGUAUAUUAGACUGUUCUUUUAAACAUUACAGUAUAAAUAAUAAAGUUACCUCUAUAUUUAUGUGCAGCCCUUAAGCAAACAGUUAUGUACUGUUAUUAUUAUUAUUAUUCUCUUUUGUAACUUACUACUUAAUGUAAAAGCUGUUUGGUGUUAAUAUUAAAUACAUAAUUAUUUUUUAUUUAUUUUAAGCAUUAAAUUUGGGUAUCAGUAAAUUCAACUAUAAAUUAUUAUGUAUUUACAUUACGCAAUUUCUUAUUGUAGUUAGUUCUAACCAUAUUUUUAAUUGUUGUUAUUAUGUAACAAUAUUGUGGUAAAAAAAAUUUUUGAGUUAUUAUUGUUAAAGAUUUAAUUUUUUUUGUGCAUUUUUUUUUUUUGUUUUUGUUUUUUUUUUUUACUAUCACAAUGAACUUUUCCAAACUAAAAAACUAAAAUAUUUUAAUAUUUCAAUAUUAGAAGCUUCUCUCAAGAAGGAAAAACACCCGAUGAUGUUUUGUUUAAACAGUUAUCAAAGAAUUAUGCCUCAAAAAAUCCUAAUAUGAUUAAUGGAUCUGCUUGUCAAGAAGAUAAUUUCCCUAAUGGUAUUACUAAUGGUGCAGAGUGGUAUGAACUUGAAGGUUAGUGUUUUAUUUUAAGAAUAAUUAUGUAUACACGUAAAAUUUUUUUAUUAUUUACACUGAUUUUUAGUGUCUAUAUUUCACAAUUUUCCAAAUUUAAUGAUCAAUAAGAACAAUUUAAAAAUUCCUUUUUAAGUUUUUAUAUUUGUUAAAAACUAUGGUUUACUUUAUAGUUUAUUUUUAUUUGAAUUUUUAAGUAUUUCUGUUUAAUCUAACAAUAUUAUCCAUAGUAAACAAAAAUUAUGUAAAAACACUUGCAAAAUUAAAAAGUCCAUCAAUAGCUUAAAAAAGGCUCACAUUUUUUGAAAAUCUUACCAUGUCUAGAAAACGCAAACAUAAGUUUUUAUUCAAAUUUCAAUUCUCUUUAGUGAAUGAAAACAAAAUAAUAAAAUUGAAAAUAAAAAAACCAUUAUUUUCGUUGGUUUUGCUCAAUUAAAAAGAACUACAUGGAAAAUCAAAAAACUACUUUCCUAUCCGUAUUCUAGAUUAAAAAUGCAACAACAAUGAUCUUUUGUAAUUUUUUUAUUAGAGUAAUAUUUCUGGUAGAAAACAAAAUUUAAAAUAAAAGAACUGUAUUAUAAAUUUAUCAGUUUUUAUUUUUUCAUUUUUUUUUUUUUCUGGUUUUUCUCAAUUAUUACGAUAACUGCUUGAAAAUCUAAAAAAGUUUUUCUUAAAUUACUAACUAGAUAAAAUAUCUUAGAUUUUUACGGAUUUCAAAAUUUUAUAUUCCAGAUUUGUACAGUCCAAGUUUAUACAUUUUAAGUUUUUACGUGGACUCCGUAUGAUUCUUAUGAUUUUCUUAAAAAUUCAAGUAUUUCUGAUCAAUAAAAACAAAUUUACACGUAUAUAACAAAAAAAAAAAAAAAACUUUUGAGAGAUUAAUUGUUUUAUAAGAGAGAAGUUAAAAUGGCGGAUAUAUAAAGUAAUUUAAUUUAUAUCUGUAUAUGAUAGAAAUAUGAAUUAGAUUUUAUUAGAAAUAAUACAUUUGGUGGCACCUUUAUAGGGGGUAUUUCAUUGAUUAGGAGUUAAGACAGUCUCUUUCAGUAUUUUAUUGUUAUAUAAGUAUAUUUUUUUUUUUUUAAUAUUAAAACAUUUUAUGUUUCUAAUUGAAAACCCUCUCAGGAAGGAUAGUUCUCAAUUUAUAUUUUUUUAGUUUUAAAUAGUUAAUCGCGAUAUUGAUACAUUUCAUUGUGAUUGAAUCAUUAUAUAUAUACAAUAUAUCAUAUGUAUACAAUAUAUCAUGUAUAUAUAUGAUAUAUUUUGAAAUUAAUUCAAAUGUUAAAUGUAAUUAUAAUUUAGCUUGUUGAGAAUAUUUUACUGUUUAUUUAUUACAUAUUUUCUACGUAAAAUAAUAUAUAAGUAAUAUUUAGGUGGAAUGCAAGAUUUUAACUACAUCUAUUCUAACUGUUUUGAAAUAACAAUUGAACUUAGCUGCUGUAAAUUCCCACCUUCAUCUAAGUUAACUGAAGAAUGGGAAAAUAACCGUGAAGCUAUGUUAGCUUACAUGGAGAGUGUUCAUAUGGGUAUUAAAGGUAAAAUUUUAAUAUAAUUAUUUAAUUUUUAAAUCUUACAAAAUAAAAUAUAAUUAUCAUUAUAUAUUUUUCAGGAUUAGUUCAAGAUGAAAAUAAUAAUCCAAUUCCUGGUGCUGUUAUACACAUUUUAGGUAUAAAUCACACUGUUAAAACAACACACAGAGGAGAAUAUUGGAGACUCUUACUUCCUGGCAUCUAUACUAUUUCUGCUCAUGCUCCUGGGUAAGAAAAAUUAAUUUAAUUUUUGACAAAAAUGUUUUAUAUUUUAAUUGUCAAUGAUGAUUGAUGGUAGAUUAAUUGUCAGAGAAUAAGUAUGUUAUGAUGACAUAAAAUUGUACAGUAUAACAUAGUAUUAAUUUCUGAAAAUGAGAAAGAUUUAGAAAAAUUAAUCAAAACCUUGGAUGAAACAUUUUUAAGGAUGUGAUCAUGAAAAUAAAUCUGAAAAAAACACUGUACUUGUAUGUGGAAGGGAAAAUAAAACCAAAGUAAAGAUAAAGUUAUGAGGAAAUCAGUUGAUAAUAGAUAAAGUGGAUGAAUUUACAUACCUAGAAAGUUCAAUCAGCAUUGAUCGAAGAUGAAAUAAUAGUGAAAUGAUAUAAUAUAUUUAUCAAGUCAAAAUAUAAUUUAACAAUAACAUUAUUUACAUAAAAAUAUAUUAGACCACAAAUCAGAAAAAAGUUAUUUGAAACAUACAUAUGAAAUAUAGCUCUAAACGGGACAAAAGAUUAUUAUAAAUAAUUAAAGAAGAGCAUGUAGAGGGAUUGACUAAGAUUAAAAUACAUUCAUUAAUCAAUAAAGAACCAAAAAUUUAACUUGUAUACGAAUAAAAAGGAAAGCAGAUACUCCAGAAGAGUGGAGCAUGGUUGCAAACAUACCUAUGAAUAUGAAACUAUAUAUAUAUAUAUAGAGAGAGAGAGAAAGAGAGAUUAUUUUAAUUUUAUUAUGAAUUAUGAAAAUAAUUAUUUUAAAAAUCAUAAUAUCAACUUUAUUUGUUUUUUUUUUUUAGUCACACUACAUCCAUACAAAAAGAUAUUUUGGUCAAAAAUGAAAAAUUGCAUUCUACAAUUGUUAAUUUUACACUACAUACAUUAAAACAAUCGUCAGGUAAUUUAAUGUAUAAUAUAUUUUUUACACGUAAAUAAGUUCUAUUCAGUAGUAUAGUUUAAAUCUUUUUUUUAUGAAUAUUAAACAUAUUUUAUGUAUUCUAGUGAUAGAAUAUAUGUUCACAUUUUUAGUACAUAUAUAGUUUAUUAAAUUAAUAAUGGGUGGUGGUAAUAUAAUAUUUGUGUUUAAUGUUUUUAAAAAUUAGAUUAUAGAUUAACAUGUAUAAUAAGUAUUACAAAUUAAUGUUUUAUAUAAGCUUACAUUGUGUGUAUUUUUUAGCAGAAAGAUACAAAAUACACAUGGUCUUCUGUAUGCUGAUAUUGGUAUUGCAUGUAUCAUUAAUUAACUAUAACUUAUUAUGAUUAACAUCUUACUACUAAAUAUCUCAUGUAGAACAUAAUAGCUUGAGAACAAAUUAUUUUAUUUUUUGAUAUAGAUAUUUUUUUUAUAUAGAACAGCAAAACCUUUAUGUUCAAUUUAUAUCAAAUUGAAAAAAAAUAUAACUAUUCCUAUUAAUGUAAUAUUAGGGUUGUCGGUAUUAUUGGUAUACUGAAAAUAAAUAUGUAUACUGGUAUAUUAAAAUUCAAUUUCAUUAAUUUGAUUGACGAAUCAAUUAAAAAGAUAAUAUUUAUUUACUUCAUUUAUUUAAUAUUUUAUGUACUUAUUUAUUUUAAUUAUCUACCGCCAGCCCUAUGUUAUGUAUACUGUUGCAAUAAUUUAUUUCUCAAAAACUUAAUGUAUUGAAAAGAUUCUAUGUUAUAAAUCUCGAGUUGUGGAUAUUCUACUGUUUUAAAACGUUGUGUAUACUGUGAAUAUUAACAAAAAUGGUUUCAUGUCAUUUAUUGAUUUGAAUACGAUUUCCAGUAGAAAUUAAAAAUUAGAAAUAAUGAAAUCUGUAAAUCAUAAAUUUGUCAGUUUUUUUUUUGUUUACAUCUUUUUCUGGUUAUGAUUUACUUACUCAUUAAAUUGAUCCAAAAUGCAACAAAAAAUUAAAUUGUCAUUUUUUGAAUGAUUUCUGGUAGUUGUUUACAGAUACAAAAAAAAAAACAGUAAAACCAAUACAUUCUACCCUCCACUCAGAAUCUAUAAUAGUUAUUUAAUUGAAAUUGUUCGAGUAGUAAAACUAACAAAUCAAAUAAUAACAUUAUUUCAAUUAUUUAAACUCUGUAAAUGGUUUUAAUUUUGAUUAUUUAAAAAUAACAUUUCAUGUAUUCCAUUAUUUUAUUUCAUUAUUUGUAAUGCUAUAACUAAAAUCUCAUCCACUUUUUUGAGGCCAUAUAUACAAAUAAAUAUUGGUUAUAGUUUAUAACUAAAUCUAAACUACUUAACAAAUACAAAUUACAUAAAAUUUGAUUUUUUUACAAACUAUAUUAUUAACUUAUAGAUUGUUUAAUGUAUAUAUACCUAUAAUUAAAAUUAAAAAAUAUAAAAGAAAUAUUACCACAUUUAGUUUUCUAUUAUUACUGUGUUAUUUUUAGUAUCUACAAAACAUUUAGUAUUGAAUUUUUCAAAUUGAGUAGUAUUUUAUACAGUUAAAUAUUAGUUCUUUCUAUUAAAAAGUUAUAUUUUAUUUUUUUAAAAAUGAAUAAGGCUUUUAACAAUGAAUUAUAAUUAUAAUAGUAACUUUUAUAUUUUUAGUCAGUCAGGGAAGCUUUUGGUUUUAUAGUUUCUUUUUGUACUUUAAUUUUGUCAAUAGUUUAUCACAGUUUUUUAUUUACAUAAAACACUUUUGAAUUUUAAAUUGAAGUUAUGCAAUCGUUUUAUCUUAAUAAUUAAUUGAUUGAAUUAAACAUCUAUUAAAAAUCCUCAUAAAAACAUUAAUUUCCUUAUUUGUAUUUUAUAGAAUUGGUAUUAUCAAUAACUCAAUAUCUAUAAAAAAAAAUAUUAAAUUCCAGCCACAUAAUUAAAUAAAAAACAAAAAAUUAACAAAUAUUUAUUUUAAAACCUAAAUCAUUUUUAAAUUUUGUAUAUAAUACAUUUUUUAUUUUAUUUUUGUGAUUAAAAAAAAAAUUAAAUGUAUACUAAACAUUAAUUUUAAUUUCUCUAUGCAUUGCUAUCUAAUUUUGGAUUGUGUAUGUGCCAUUAUGUCAUGUAUCUGUUUUAUAUUGGUUUUAAAAUUAAUUUUGUUUCUUAUAUUAAUUAUUUAUAAUAUAUUUCUUUAGAAAAUGUUAAUACCAUAAUAUCAAAUGUAGUAAUUGAUUUAUCUUCAUGGAACAAAAUUGUUGAUUUUGGAAUGGUUAAGAGUAAUGGUAUUAUAGCUGUAAUUCAUAGGGCAACAAUGGGGAUCAAAUUAAAGGAUAUCUACUAUAGUACAAGAAAAAUUGCUGCUGAAAAAGAAGGUUUGAUUUGGGGAGCUUAUCAUUUUGGUACUAAUAAUGAUGGUGUUGCCCAGGCUGAACACUUUUUAAAUACAAUUGGAAAUACAUCAAAAACUUUACUCAUAUUAGAUAUUGAACUUAAUCCAAGAACUAAUAACAUAAUAACACCAAAGCAAGCUGAAGACUUUAUUAAUACAGUUCAGAAUAGAACAAGAAAUACUAUCAUGAUAUACGGCAGUUAUAAUAUUUUAAAAAAUUACAAUAGUCAAGUUUUAAUAAAAAAUCCACUAUGGGUUGCCUUUUACAACUCCCUACCUAAAUUACCUUUCGGUUGGAAUAAAUGGGUUUUAUGGCAGUAUACAAAUGGAAAAAAAGGUCCAAGGCCACAUGGUGUUAAUGGUGUUGGCUUAUGUGAUAGAGAUAAAUUCAACGGUUCAGUCAAUGAACUAAAAACAUUUUGGUCAAAUAGCAGUCUUUCUCUUUAAAAGUGUUUGAUUAUCAAUUGCAGUAUGAGAUAUUUAUUUAUCAUGUAUUUAUUAAAAGUUAAACAUUUAAAAUAAUUAUAGAUUUAAACAAUUUCAAAGGAUCAGUUUAAUAUUCUCCAAAAAUCUAAGAUAAUACCCAUUAUAAUUCAUGAUUUUUAAUUAUUAAAAAUACAAAUGGUAUUUAAAAGUAUAAAAAUAUUUAAUUUUUGUCUAAUUUUAUAACAAUUUAAACUAUCAUUCAAAUAUUAUAUGAAUUAUAUAUUGUUGAUCAUAAAAUUAUUUACAAUCAAUAAAAUCUAUAAUACUUAUUGUACCAUUUUAAACUGCUACUUGUAUAAAAAUUUUAAAUCAGUAAUAAAUUAAUGAAUUUUACAAAAUUACAAAAUUAUAAAAUACAAAAUAUUAAAGUUAUAAAACAAUACUACACUGUAAACUGCAUGGAUCUAAUGGGUCUACUUUAUUUAUUUUUCUUUUAGGUUGUAGUUGAUUUAAUUUUUUUUUCCGUAUGUCUUAAUUAUUUCUAUGUGUAUAUACAGGACCGUAGCAACCAAAUAUUGUGCCCAGUGCGAAACUUCAAAAUGCACUAUUGUAAACUUUAAUUUAUAUUGUAAACUCUAAUUUUUAUUGAAAACUCUAAACGGAAAGAUUUUUACAAAUUAAAUUCAUAUGAUUAUUAUAAUUAUCUCUCGUAUCUUACUAUUAGGUGUCCUAAAUUUGAAAUUAUUUAUUUAUACAUAUUUUUUUUAGUAUAUUUGUAGUUUUUAGGGUAUUUUGAACUCUUUCGAGUAUUAAGCCCGUGGUAUACCCUCGACCUCCCCUUUCCUGUGCUACGACCCUGGAAUACACAGGGUAAUCAAUAUUUAUGUUACAACUAUUUUUUCAUGAAAAUAUUCAAAAUAGAAAAAAAGGAAACUAUGAAUGUUUUUUGAUUUUUAAACAUCUAAAAUGAUUUGUACAUUUUUUUAAACUGUAUUUGAAGUUGGGUUUUGGGAAUCAACUUUUGAAUAUCAAUUUAGAACCUAUACUUUUUUACAAAAUAAAUUUUAGCUAUUAAAUAACAUUUAUUUAUUCAAAACUCUAUACUUGAAAGUGAUUUAAAUUGAUUCUAAUACAUCUAUAACUAAUUUGGAGAAGUAACGUAGUGUUAUGUGUAAAGAGAGAUCUUAUUAACUAUUUAUCAAUGUGCAGUCAAAAUGCAAUUUCUAAAAUUUUAAAUCGCUUUUAAUCAUUGAGUUUUAAAUAAAUUAAUGCUAUUUAAUCACUAAAACAUAUUAAAAAAUAUCUUCACGUUGUGUUCAAAAAAAAAAACAAAAAAAAACAAAUACCAUUUGAAUUUCAAAAUUUGGACUCAGAAACUUUCUUAAAGUACUGUAAAAAAAAAAAAAAAACAAAAAAACAAAAAAAAUUAAAUUACAAAUCAUUAUAGAUGUUUAUUAAUCAAUAAACUUUUAUAUUAUAUUUUUUCUCUAUUUUGAAUAUUUAUAUGAUAAAAUGUCAGUAACAUAAAUUUUGAAUCGCAUUGUAUUAUACAAUAUAUUAUUUUAUUAACAAAUGAGUUUGGUUAAAUUUAAAGUAGUAAAUAACACAAGUGAUAUAUCCAUGCAAAUUGGACCUAAAAAAAAGUGGUGGUGGAGCUAGGGCCAUCUUAAAUUGUUUAUAAUAAUUUUAUUUAACAUUUAUAUAGCUGCUAUGUGUGUGAAUUGUUAGCAUUUGAUUUGUUGUAGUUCACUAUUGAUUGCAUAACAUGACCUAUAUAAUUAUUAAUACUUUAAUUAAAUUACUUAUUAGGUAGUCUUCUACUUGUAAUAUUUACACACACUUUUAAAUGUGGCAUAGACUUAUUAUUAAUAAUAUUAUUGUUUUUAUUAUAUACCUACUUUUUAUUUAAAUAAAAUGUUAUUAUUUACUUAAAAGUUAUAAAUGCAUUAAAAUUAUGUAAGAUUUUUGUGAUUAAAAUAAACGAGUAAUUUUUAUGGCAAAUAGUUGUUUUUUAUUUUUAUAUAAUGGUAUUUUGGUUAUUUCCACACUUGUAUAUUGUAGCCGCACAUAACUGCUUAAAAUAACUGUUAAUUGGGAUGAGGUAAAGUAAUAUUUGUUAUAAUUGAGAUAAUUAGUUAUAGGUUAUCUUACCAUCAUUGAUUAAAUGCACGUAUUAUUAAUACAGAUUAACAUGAGCACAAUUUUCUAACAUUACCAUAUGUGUAAUGUUGCCAUCUAGACUGUAUUAGAAAUGUAGAUGACUUGGAUUUUUUACAUUGACUAUAUUGUCCAUGUUUAAAUUAUAACAAAAAUAUUGUUUUUAAUUAUUUCUAUAAUAUUACAAGUAGGUCUAUUUUAUUAUUUGAGUUUUAAUAUAAUCAAGAGAAAAAUUUAAAGUUUAUUUAUGUAUAUAAAUCAGCGGAUAAAUAUCCUUUUAGUGAAUAUAAUGGAAUACAACACAUAGUAAACUUAGACAUUUUGUAGAGUUAAACAAGGAAGUGAAUAAAAUAAAAAAUAAAUUAGUAUACAAUAAUAAUAAUAAAACCAAAAGUAACACAUAUAAAUAAAUAUAGAAUUUUCGAUAGACUAAUAGUAAUAUGUAAUUCUGAUGAUAUACCCUAGAUAUUAAUCUUAAAUUGAUUUAAUGUUGGAUUAAAAACAUCAACUUCUGUAGGUUAUUUAUUCACUAAAUUAGAAACUAGGUUUACAAUAGAUCCUUGUAAUCUGUUAGAUUUUAAAGGAAAAACGUGUAAAAAAUGUUGAAGUCUUGUGAUUCUAGUGGGUUCACAAAAUCGAAAUUCUUCAAUUAUAUUAGAAGCAUUAAUCAAUCAAUCUGUUUAUAAGGUUGUAGAGAAAUAAAAGUCACUUAUGGUUUUUCUGUUUUUUUUUUUUUUUUUUUUUUUUUUAAGUAUAUUAGACACUAUUUUAACUAUUUUUAUCUGAAUUAAAUUGUUUAUAGUGUACAAAUUUACAAAAUUGAUUUCUUCAGUUUAGAAUGUUUACAUUGAACACAGGGUUCCAUAUUAUACUAACAUAUAUUCUAGGUGUGAAUGUAUAACUGAUAUAUAUAUAUAAGAUCUUGACUACCAUUAAGUUUAACUAUUUAAUGUUCUUUUACAAAUGCUGACAUUUGCUUGGCUUUGCCUAUGAUAUAACUUUUAUGUUCCUCGUUUGCAAUCAUCAAUUGCAAUUGUUAAGCAUAAAAAAGUUAUUAAAAUAUAGUUAAUAAAUCUACUGAUAAAUAGGUCUACUAAUCUUGAGGACAUUCUGUAGUUACAUAAAUCGAUUUAGAAAGAAUAUACCAUUAUUUUUACAAAAUUUACUUUGUCACUUAAAUAGAAUUUGAAACAAUAUACCAAACUAUAUUUCCAUUAGGACCUAUAGAUUCAAGUUUUUAGAUAAGUAUAUUGUAAUUAAAUCGAUCAUACACCUGUUUGUUUUCAAUAAAUAAUUUUUUUAUUGGAAUUGGUAGGUAAUUUGGAAAAGGGUGGUUGUUAAUCUGCUGGACAUGAAUCCAUGUUGGUUUAUAUUUAAAAUUGGUUUAUAACUAUUUUUAAAAUAAACGUGUGAAAUAAUUUAAGAUUGUUAUUGGUCACUAAUUUUGAGUGUUUAAUUUUAAUCUAAAUAAAUUCAGAAAUAUCUGGAAAAAUUCCUUGUUUUAUCGAUUGAUUUAAAAGUAAAUUUAAUGAUGGUAUUUAUGUGUAUUUGUAAUUGUAAAGGAGAGCCUCUUCUCUUUUCUAUUAGGAUGAAAAAAUGGUUUUGAAUUGUUACUUACAUAAAUUGAUUCGAAAUAUAAUUUUAUUUUUUAAGAUUACUACUUGUUUUAUUUUGUGUUAAUACACUCAAAAACAGGUAAUCUUGUGCAUUGAUUAAACCGGCACACGAGGGUUUGAAAAAUGCUCUGGUGAAUUAUAAUAGUAGAACUAAAAUAUGUUACAAAUAUUAUAUUAUUGUUAUUUGCUUUAAAUUUCUUCAAAAUGUAUUGAGUGAAAAUAAACUUCAUUAAAAUGUUAAAAUCUGUAGUCAUAGGUUUCAGAAUUAAUAAACUCAUUUAAGUAUUUAUGUGAUACAAAUAUUUAGGAAAGUAUUUGAGAUAUUUGUGUCUAGUCAAUAUUAAUAAUAUUUUAAAGUACAACAACAUUGACUGCUUAACAGCCAGUAAAUUGUUUAAUCGUCUAGACAAAUUAAACAUUGUUAAUAUUGCGUAGCAUAUUAUAAAUUAUUGUGUUGACAAUAACUGGUUUUCAUCAAUGACUGUAACAUAAUAUAAUAUAAAUAUAUUAUUAGUUAUGAAAGCAUAUUAAUACAUUAUGGUUUCUAUUUUGUCAUGUUACAUUUAAUAUGUUAAUAAGUUGACUAUCUAAAUAAACUAAAAUAAAAUAAAAACGAAAAUGGUAUAAUCUAUUAUAGAUUUUGAUAAUUUAAUUUGUUAAAUAGUAUUAUUAAAGUCAAAUUGCACUUGAAAUAAAAAAAAUAUGUAAUAUUCAAACUACACUAAGGUCAAAAAAUGUAUUUCAACCAAAAUGUUUGAAAAUAAACUUGAUUUAUGCUAAAAAUUAUUAUUUUCCUUCUCAUUAACAGUUUAAUCAUUUCCCUGUUAAAAAUUAGUUUUUUUUUAAUAUAUAAUAAAAUAAUAAAAUAUAAAUAAAAUUAUUAAAAUUGUUAAUACUCGGAAAUAAAUACCAAGUGAUCCAUUUAAGUAGAUACACUCAUUAUCUCGGAAAGUAUUACCUUUUUCCGGAAUUUGUAUUCUAGAAUAUUUUAGAAACAAGCUGCUUCACAAUUUUAUAUUUGUGUUAUUUUUUGUCACACUUAUUUUUGGGGGUAAAACCAUUACUUACUUUUGAUUUUCAAAUACCAACCUUUAUUAAAAAGUCCAUAAAUAAAUGGGAUAUUAGUUAAAAUCAAUUUUAAUGUUAAAAUUUUUAAUUUCCGUUGACGAGAUAUUCCACUUUUAAGUAUUGGUUGGAGGAGAGUAGUGGAGUGUCAUUUGUGUGGCGGUACGAUGCGUGACCUUAUUAAUGCACCACUACUCUCCUCUAACCUAAAAUUAAAAGUAGAUUAUCUCGUCAACGGCUUGACAGAAAUAAAACAUUUCAAAACUCAAAUUUAUUUUAACUAAUACUCCAUCUAUUUAUGGACUUUUUAAUGUAGGUUGCUAUUUGAAAAUCAAAAGUAGGUAGUGGUUUCACCCCCAAAAAUAAGAGUAACAAAAAAUAAAAUACUAUAACAUACUACAACUAUAAAAUUGUGAAGCAGCUUGUUUCUUAAAUAUUCUAGAAUACAAAUUCCGGAAAAAGCUAAUACUUUCCGAGAUAAUGAGUACCCAUUUAAAUGAAUCACCCGGUACAUAAAUUAAACAUGUAUAUAUAAAAAUAAAAAAUUAAUUAAUUAAUGAAUGCGUUGCCUGGAAUAUUUUGAUGAGUGUAUUAUAUGACCGGUUUUGAAUAAAAAAUUCAUUAUCAGGUAUAACACAGUCAAAAUGUAAAACGCGACUUUCGCGAAAUUCAUUCAUUAAUUUAUUUUUUAUUUUAUACAUACAUUUUUUAUUUAUUUAUUUAUUUACUAUAUAUUUGAUAAAUAUUGUGUAAAAAUUUAAUUUUAACCCAAGCCAAUGAUUAAAAUCAAUGUCAGUCAGACUCAGUCCUAAGUCUGAAUGCAGGAAAAGAAUUUAGCGAUUUUAUAACUUUUUUGACCUAUGUGCAAUUCGACCAUCCUGGUAUAAUACUUCCAUCUCGGAAUUUACGAAUCCCUCCUUUGUCGUAAUCUAUAGCCUUUCCGCGACCUACUAAAUGGAGGGAUUAGGUACUCAUGUGAUGGAAAAUAUUUCGAAAGGAAAUAAAAAGAAUACCUACUUUUUUCUUUCAGCUACUGAAUUGAGUACGAUAGAAGUGAAGGCUGGACAGAGAGAUAAUAACGGUUUCCCAAUUCCCGUAGAGUUCGUACACCACAAUUACGUUAAUCUCGUGUCCAAGCUAAACUUAAUCAACGUCAACUAUCCAAACAUAACCAGACUGUACAGUGUGGGUAAAACCGUACAGGGACGAGAUUUGUACGUGCUCGAAGUGUCCACUAACCCUGGACUACAUGAACCCGGUAAAAUUUCGAUUAGCGGUGGUGGCUAUUAGGGAUGUGACAUACCUACCAAUAAAUUCGGGAUACAUAUAUUUUAAUAUUUUUUUAUCACAAGACGUAUGGUGUGUAUGUGUGUGUUUCUUUAUGUGUCAUCCGUGAUGCGUACGUUAGGUAAACCUGAGUUCAAGUACGUGGCCAACAUGCACGGGAACGAAGCGGUCGGCCGGGAAAUGUUACUGUUGUUGGCUCAAUAUUUGUGCCAGAACUACGGUGUCGACGAACGUGUCACCAAUUUGGUGAACAACACGCGAAUACAUUUGAUGCCUUCGAUGAAUCCAGACGGAUACGAGAUAUCUAAGGAAGGUAAAUCGUGCAACGGCUUGAAUUUUUUUUUUCAUGUUUUUAGAAUAUUUUAAUACGUAUUGGUGUAUUAUUAUUAACUAAUCUCAGUCAAAUUAAUUCUCGUGAUUUCGGGUUGUUUUUAAUUUUUUCCCUCCAGGGGUCGAAGACGUAAAUGAUUUGAUAGGCCGAGGAAACGCGAAUGGGGUCGACCUGAAUCGUAAUUUUCCGGAUAAUCGGCAUCCUCUUCAUGUAAGUAAAACGCGACCAGUAUAUUUUCAUAUGUGCUCAUAAGUGAAAAUAAAAAAUUAAGCACCAGAAAUGAGAUUGUUUAGGUAGAUGUAUGAUGUUACCCAGUUGGUAAAUGGUUAAAAAGUCCGGAGACCAAAAAGUUCCAUUUAAAAAAAUUUGGUCAAAAAGUUCGUAAAAUAAAAUUGUUGCCCUUUUAUACAAUUUUCUUUCAAUCUUGCUAAUUUUUUUACUAAAUUUUGUGCGAAAUAUUUGCAUCAGUUUUCAUGGGUCUUAUAUAUAAUAAGCUAAUGUAGAGGUAUUAGAUAUACAUGUUUUAUAUAUUUGGAUAGUACAGUUCCAUGAAAAAAAAUAGAGUUAGAAUUUCGGAAAUCGUUGAUGAUUGAAUUACUUUUUUAUGAUCAAAGUUUAUUUUUUACUAUAAUUAUGAAUUAUGAUUGUUUAGUCCAAUUUUUUUAGUUUGUAUGUUGUGUGCUUUUUAACCAAAUUUAUAUUUAUAUUAAAAUAAUAAUUUUUUAUUUUAGUUUUUAUUUUGUAACAAUUAUUAUCUAAUAGAAAUCUAUAUAAAUAAAAAACACAUAAAAUGGAGGGAAAAAAUGAGUUUAAACGAUUAAAAAAAAAUUUAUGUUACAGAUUUGAAUGGCCAUAAAAAAUAUAUCUAUCUAAUUGGACUUUAAGUUCAAUUUUGUUUAAAAUAUAAAUUUGUUCUCCGACUUUUUGAUUUAGAAUUGAAUGAGUUGGAUUGAUUAAGAAUGGAUAUCCUCUUAAAGAUGAUAUAGCUGGAAAAUUGAUAAAGAAAUAGAGAAUAAAUUGAGAUGGUACCUGUAUAUACAUGUUGAGAGAACAAGAAGAAAAAAUGAUGUGCUUUUUUAGAAAAUAUUAUAUGAGUUAAGUGUAGAAGGAAAGCUGGGGAAUGACUAGAUCAAAGCAAAAAUGGUUAAAGGUUAUUAAAGUUAGAGAUAUGAUGGACAUGUUGUAGAUAAAGACGAGGAGAUAUAAGAAGAAAUCUUUGUGAUUUAUAAAUAAUAAUUAGAUAUUUUAAAACAUACAUAAUAUGUGAAAUACGAGCGAACAUGCCUAUAAUUAAAUUUAAAUUAAUCUCUGAAACAAAUCAAUAUUUGCGUAACUUACAAAUUGUAUGUUAUAUUAUAUCUAGUUGCCUAAACCAGAACCUGAAACCAAAGCGAUCAUUGAAUGGAUAAAAAGUUUACCUUUUGUGCUGAGCGCUAAUUUACAUGGUGGAGCACUUGUAGCCAAUUACCCUUUUGAUAGUAGUAUGAAUGACGGUAAUCCAAAACCACAGCCGUCGUAUACUCCUGACAAUGAAGUAUUCGUAUUGCUAGCUAAAACAUAUUCUAUGGUUAGUAACAAAAAAAUUUAAAUAAUUUUUGACUGAUAAUUGGUAUAAUGGUAAACAAUAUUAUUGCUGUUUGUCGUCUAUAGAAUCAUCCGAAAAUGCAUUUAGACAAUAAUAAGUGCAAAAACGAUAAGUUUUCAUUCAAAGAAGGCAUAGUCAACGGAGCUACUUGGUAUAGUGUAAUUGGUGGCAUGCAAGACUUUAACUAUUUGAACACAAAUUGUUUUGAACUUACCAUUGAAAUGGGUUGUACCAAAUUCCCAUUUAAAAAAGAUUUGGAAAGUUACUGGCGUGACAACCGCGAAUCUUUACUUUCUUUUAUGGAACAAGUGAAUAGAGGAGUAAAAGGUUUCAUAUUGGACAACAAAGGGAUUGCCGUACGGAAUGCAAAAAUUUCAAUCAAAGGUAUUGAUCAUGAUAUUAAAACUGCAAUCGAUGGUGAUUAUUGGAGAAUAUUGGCACCAGGAGAUUAUGAGCUUUCUGUUAUAGCCUACGGGUGAGACAAAAUUUAUUAUUUAUUUAUUUAUACAAUUUAUUUAAGAAAACGCCAUACCCGUUUCAGUCCAACUAACAAGCAAUAUAUCAAAAUCUAACUUACUCAGACUGUGAAGAACUUAAUUAAUUUUGGUUUUGAAGUAAAAGCACCUAUUAUAAAAUUAAAAGAGACCAAUAUUCCGGAGGACAAGACGAUAAGUUUCUUUUUUUAAAUUAAUUUUUUGAAACGUUACAGUAAUUUAAAACCAACAAAUUAGUUUUUAUUCCAAAACAGUGACUUGAACAUUAUAAUUGAAAUAAUAAUUAGAAUAAUAGGAAAACUGCAUUGUCUUGUCUUCUCAAAUAUUGUGUUCUUUUAAUUUUACAAUAGGUAAUUUUAUUCUAAAACCAAAAUUAAGUGAGUUCUACACAGUCAGCAUACAGUAGAUUUUGUUAUAUUGCCUGUUAGUUAAAUUGUGAUAGCAUAUGUGGGUAUAGCGUCUUCUUCAGCGGAAUAAAUGUCUUUAGGUAUUUUCAUUUAUAGAUACAAAAGACAAACUCAUUUUGUUCAUGUAAACAACUCUACGAUUCCAACUUGGUUAAACAUAACAUUACUCAAAGAAGACCUUAAUGUAUGGUCUCGAGAUAAUGAUUUUAGUUUAAAGUUGAAUGUAGCUAAAAUGGACAGUUACAAUAGUAAAGAAUUAUUUUUAAAUGAACUAAUGGAAUUGGAAAAUAGUUUGUCAAAUGUUGCUGAAUUAGUAAUAAAACCAAUCAAAUUAUUUAAUUCAGACGAUUCAAUUAUUCAAUUUAAAGUCACUAAAAACGUAAGAUAUGUUUGAGAUAAUAAUAAUAAAUAAUAAAUAAUAAACAAAUAAUAAUAAAAAAUGUUUACACAUUUUGAUUCUUUAGGUUGGUUCGCCCGAUGAACACAAGUUCAAAAUAGCUGUAUUAGGUGGAUUAUAUGUUAAUGAACCGGCAACUCGAGAAAUGUUAUUGUUUUUGGCUCGGCAUUAUGUUGAAGGUUAUAGAAAUAAGGACAUGGAUGUAAUUUCGUUCCUAUCCAAUGUCGUGUUAUAUUUUAUUCCCUACUUUGAACUAAAAGAAAACUACGAAAAGAAAUGUUUAACUGAUGAUCAGGCUUAUAUAACUGGACCAUUACUGAUAGCUACUAAUCGUCAUAAUGAACAAAAAACCACAGCUAGCUUAUGGAAAAUGUUACAACAAGAACAGUUCGAUAUGAUGUUCAGUUUAGAAGGUGGAUCUAUGUCAAUAAAGUUAGUAUAGGUACUAUAGACCUUACAAUUAAUAGAUAUAUUAUUAUAAAAAUUAUUUUUAGUGGUCCAACAAUCCACCCAAGGAACAUCAUUUCCACAAUUUAUCGAGAAUACGAAGGUUUAUACAUUACUACUAAUGUAAAAAAUGUAAGUAAUAUGUAUUAAAAUUAAAUUCAUAGCUAUUCUUAUUUGUAUUUAUUAACUGCUAUUGAUAAUAUUUCUUGUAUUAUAUUUUAGACUUGUGGUGAGCCAUUAGAUCGCAAAAUCAACGAUAUUAAACAACAGGUUUUAGAUACAUUUAAUAAUGUAUUAAAAAUUAAAACUGUAUGUAAUUAUAAUUUUAAAUUAUAUUUUUUCAUAUUUUUUAUGUGACAAAUAACACUCAAAUAUUUUAGAUGGCGUUACGAAUAACCUGCUGUAAUUACAUUGAUCCAUCAGAAAUUGCAUUUGUUUGGAUGGAAAGUUACCAUAUGCUCAAAACUAUCAUAGAAAACAUUCAAGGUGUUCGAGGAUCAGUUAUAGAUAAACUAUCUGGCAAACCUAUUCGUAAUGCGAUUGUAACAAUAGAUAUGUUUGCUGAUAUUCACAAAGUUACUCCUAAUUCUGCUGUUUUCAAAGCCAAUUUACCAAUAGGUUUACACAAGAUAAAUGUAUGUCGAGUUUUUCACCUUAUAUAUAAUUUUACUAAAAGUUUAUAAUAUUUAGAUUAAAGCCACUGGAUAUUUAACUCACAGUAUUACAAUAAGAGUGUACGAAAGGAAUGUUACCAAUAUUAAUGUUAUUAUGUUACCUAUUGGUCAUGGUUAUGCAACUCAAUUCAGCACAUUAGUUAAAGGUAAUAUGCAUCUAAUUUUUUUUUUGGAACAGUAAACUGUACAGUUGUCUAUAUACUCAGGUUAUGUUCUGGAUAUUGAAAAUAAACCAAUAGAAAAAGCUACCAUUACAGAUGAGUCGUCCUUUUCAGUUUCCACGAGUUAUAGGAAUGGAUCUUAUAGUUUACCAAUUGGAGAAGGUAAGUUAAUAAAUUGUUUAAUAUUAAGAACACUACUACAGAUUUUUAACUUUGGUAUACUAUACAUUGCAUAUUACAAAUAACAUACUAGAGGUAUUUAAUAGGUUCAAUUUAUUUUAGAAAUAGAUUUUUAAAUUAUACCAUUUUGCAUAAUAGUGAAAUGUACUAUACAAUUAUAAUAAAUAGUUUAAUAUUUAAAAAAGCUGUCCAAGUAUAAUGGAAACAAGUGCAGCCACUGUUACAGCUAAUUUAAUGUAUAUCUGUAAGCAAUGAUUAACCAUUGCUAAUGAAAAAACUAUUCUGAGCAGAGUUCAGUUGAUAGUGUAGUUGCUUUGCCAACAUUAUUUAUUAUGUGAUAUAAUGACAGAAUAAUUACAUAGGGAGUACAUUGUGUUUCACUUAAAUAAUAACACAAAUUAUUUCUGUCCAUUAACUUCGGAUUGAAAUGGGGUUAUCAAGAGAAAAUAGGAAACACUGAAAUACAUAUUUUGUAUGGAUUUUCAAAUUUCUUUCCCUUUCGGUGUGCGCAUGCGCAAUAAAACUUGCAUUUUUUUUUAAAUGAACACCAAUUUCCAACACUUGAUUUGGAUAAAUCAUUUUUUUUUUAAGCAACUUGUAUAAAUAAACUUUUCCUUUAUCUCAAAAAUUGGCCGAAAUUAAGCUAAUUAAAGUCGAAACAAAAUUAUUUUAUUAUUAUUAAAUUAAUUUUAUUUUAAAGAAUUUAUUACAAAAAAUACUCAUCAGUCGUUAAAAAUUAAAACCAUAUCCAAUUUUUCACUAUGGCUAGCCAUUUUUGUAUAACAUGAAUCUCAAUUGAAAAAUAUGAACACAAAAAUUAAUGUUCCUAUCCAAUUAAAAUUUUUUUUUCAACUAGUAUACAUUUCCCCGUUUUUCCUCAGUUUUUUCGAUUUUUCGCAUUUAUUCAAAAAACUAUUGAAAAAAUCGAAAAUUGACCUCUCUAAAGUAACUUCCUAGUAGGAUUUUUUUUUUUAGCAAAACUGCUAUCAUUAUAAAUUGGAGCAAAAUUGCUGGUAGAAAAUAUUUUCGUAAUUUAUUUUGUACAUUUUCGAAUUUUUCCUACGUUUUUUUUUCGGUUUUUCAAAUUUGAUUUCUUGUUGAAAAGUUGCGCACAGAUAUAAAAAAUAAAUAAAAAUAAACAUCUUUGUUUAAACCAUAAGUUUUUUUGCUCCACUCAGAAUUUAAAAUUAUGAUAAUAGUAAUUGUAAAUUUAAAUUUUCUUAAUAAAAUUUUAAAAACAAGCAUAAUUCUUGAUAUAUACAGGAUUAUUCACUAAGCGUGCUAUGCUCACCCCAUUUUUUUUUUUUGGUUAAAUUUUACAUGUAUUCAAAUAUAGAUUUUUGGAAUUAUUAAGUGUAAUGCCGAUAUUUUCGAUAAUUUGGAUUUUUCACAACAUUUAACGAGUAUUCAGUGGCGAUACCAACUUUGAUUUUUUAAAUGAGAACCUAUAUAACAAAUUACAUAAAUAUACAGAGUAUUACUUUAAAUACAUUUUUGUGUCAACAUUUUUGAUUUCCGUCUAUCCAUUAAUUAGAUAUUAGACUUUCAAGUUAAGUAGGGGAACUGUAGUGGAGUAUCAUUUAUGUGAUGGCACAGCUCGCGGUAUUUUAUUCAACUUAAAACUGAAAUAUAUUGCCAACUGGUUGAUGGAAAUCAAAAAUAUGUACACCAAAAUUUAUUUAGAGUAAUCUCAUAUAUUUUUGGAAUUUUUAAUAUAGAUUCUCAUUUGAAAAACCAAAGUUGGUGUCACUACAGGAUACUCCUUAAAUCAGCCGCGAAAUAUCAUGAUUAUUAAUAAACGUUUAAGUAAAAUUCCGAUAAUAGAUUAGAAAAUAUGUUUAACUUAUAGGCGAUUACUUGAUCGUUAUCUUAAAUUCUUGAUAAAUAGUGUAAUAAAAAUUAUUUUUGUUCAUAAUUUCUUAUUAAAUAAAUAAAUAAAUCGUUGUAUUUACUUAAAUCUGGUUAGUCGUUAGUCGUCCGUCGUGAAGCAAAUUUAUCAUACUAACAUUUUUAUUUAAACUGAAAUUUAUUUUACACGCCCUCUUUGAACAUAACUGAUAUUCCAUCUGUUUUUACAUUUUCUACAUUCUAUAUUUGUGAGCAGCAUUCUCUUCAAUGAAUGCCAUUAAAACCACUCGAUCACAAUCGAUCACAACUGAAGAACUUAGAAGACGACAUGAGGGUAUGAUUUUCAACCAUUCGACCACGUAUAAAACUUAUAAUAAAGGGAAACCAGGCACAAAUUUCUCAUUCGUACUAAAUUUGUAUAAACUAAUCUUAAUAUAUAUGUUUUUCCAAGUCAUUAAAUUUAAUAUUUGUAAUAAAUUGAAAUAUGAUUUUACAUGAAUUUUCAUAACCUAAAUAAACACAUCAUUUUAAAUUAUUUACUAGUAUUUACUGAUUUACAACUAUUUUGGUAUAAAUAUGAUAAAAUCCUAAUAUAAAAAAUACAAAAAUAUAUACACAUAUAAGUCAGUGUCAAGUGUGCCGCAGUUUAAAAUAGGUUAGGAUUAGUGUGCCGUAAGGGAAAAAGGUUGGGAAACGCUGCCUUAAAUGUUGUGAAUAAUUUAAGAAUUCGAAAAUAUCAAAUUUAACUACAUCUUAAAAUUCUAAAAAUCAUGAUCUGAAUAUAUGCAAAAUUCAAUCAAAAAAAUGUGGUGUGCACGCUUAGUGAAUCACUCUGUGUGUAAUGAAAGGCGGAAAGAAGAGUGUUUUAAUAACUUAAAUAACUUCACGUAUUUUAUUUUAUUUUGUAUUCACUAUUCAGUAUAUUAUUAUUAUAAUUUGUAAUUAAAAUUAUUUCAAUUAAUACUUGUAUCUCUAUAUUUAAUUUUAGAAUAAAUGUAUUAAUAGGCUUGUGUGUACCAGUUCAAUAUAAUAUAUUUACUUUAUAAUCUAUAUUAAUAAUAAUAAUAUGGAAAAUGAAAUUAGGUAGAAGGGAUGAUAAUUAUUAUGUGCUAUAAUUUUAAUUUUUAUCCAGUGUGUGUAACUCAGAUUGUGACCUAUAGGCAUAGACAUUUUACAUCUAAAUAAAUGGAAUAUUCAGCAUUUAAAUGCGUUUCAGUGGGUGGAGUUUCAUUUCGAGGAUAGAAUCAGUGGCAAUGAAACAAUAUUAUACUAUUUUACUUAAAAAAUUGUACAAAAUUAACUAUUUAUCAUUCGUAAAUAUUUUUAACACUAACAUUUUUUCAUAUUAUAUGUCGCAUCCAUUUCACCAAAUGGAAUUGUGGUUUCUCCGCUUUGCGUAAUUACACAAUAUGGAUAACAUUUAAUUUUGGUGAAAUGUUUUACACUUUAAACAUAUUUAUAUUAAAUUAGAUUAUCAUACAAAAAAUUAUUAAUACCUAAGUUUUAUGAUAUUUUGGAUUCAAGGUAUAAGGACUAUUCGAGUAGACGCUAAUGGAUAUUACCCAUCUGUAAAAUCCAUUAAUAUUCAGGGUAUUCAAUCGGAAACAGUAAUAUUUAAAUUAAUAAAGGAUGAACGAGUUUUUAAUAUGCCUAGAAUGGUGUUCAUAAUUCUUACAGGUAUGUAUUGUUAGGAAUAUUUAAUUUAUUGAAUAUACAUGUGGUAUUUGUGUUUUCAGUUUUCAUUAGUUCUAUUAUUGGAAUGGGUUGGUAUCAUAUUUAUCUUCGAUGGAAAUCUGGAAGACCAUCAUAUUUUGUUAAUAAAAAUGGUUUUGCAUUGCUUCCACAAAAACCAUAUCUUUUUGAUGAUGAUGAUGAAGUAGAACUUUUUCGUAACCCAGUCGUGAAUGGUAAGUUUUACUGAUCAAUUUACAAAAAUAAAAUAAAAAAUAAUAAUUGAAUACAGUAAAAUCUGCUUAUAACGGACCCAUAUAAGACAAAAUUCUUCUUAAAACGGAAAACAAUAGUUCUGCAUAGGUAACCUAUAUUCUGUAGAUUUUAGUCUUCCUAUAACGGAAAAAUCAGUCGGUUAUUAUUUUGUUAUAAUGAGGUUUUACUGUACAUUACAAUUUACACUUUGUGAAUCAAUAGUUAAGUAGAUUAGGUACAUAUUAAUUGCUGAAAUACCCAUGGAAUACGGAAUUUUAUGAACAUAUUAACAUAAUAUAAAGUUAAAAUAUUUUUUUAUAGAAAUUUAAUAUUUGAAAAAACUGAUAAGGAGUUCUAUACAAAACUUUGGCGGAUUGUCCAAUCUCUGAUGUGCGCGGGAAUAACAGGCGAUAGAAUAUACCACGUAUAGAUAUAUAAAUAUUUAUAUGUCUAUGGUACCAUUUAAUCUAUUCUGUUGUACUAUGAUGCAUAAUUUUCACAGACGAUAAAGAUUUGAUAAGAGAAAAUCGGGAAUAUGUAACUAAAGGCUUCAAUAAUAAAGAGUAACACUUGCAGGAAAAGAAUAAGGAUGAUUAGAAGUUAAUCAGAAUAUGAGUUUGGAGGAACUUCACAAGACAGCGUUACGACAAUAAGUUACGAGGGGUGAUGUCAUAGGCGCGGUUGAGAGUGUUAAGUAGAUACUUAGGAUCUUUUGUACAAAAGAAAGAUGACUUUGAUAAGGAUGUGAAACAUAGGAUUCUGUGUUUAGUGUGGUUGGAGAAAGUAGAGAGAAGUGUUAAGCCAGGUUUGUACAACAUGAAUCUGCCUCGCCUAAUAACUGAUUCACCCAACUGUUUAAAUGAAAAUAGGUAAUUUGAUGCGAUAAAGAAUGAUAUAAGAAAAGCUGAGGUAGAUUGGGCAAAGUAGAUGUUUGGGACAAGGGUGGCUGAUCUCAAAUAAUUGGGAUGAGUAAAAGAAGACACAAAUAACAUUUUAUAACUUGCCAUUUAAUCUAAAGAUGUUAUAAUUUCUUAAUAUUAUUUUUCAUUCUACACACAGUAGUAUUAUUCUGAUAAAUACAGGGCAAUUUUUUUUUUAUUAUGAACCAACAAUUAUCUCUUAAGAUUUUUAGUAAAUUUUAAUUCUGUUUUUUCUAAUCGGCAUAAAAUUGUUUAAGCUUUAUUUUUAAUUUUUCCCCUACUCCACAUACUUUAAAUAAGUAUAUACUUUUGCUUUUCAAAUAGGAAUACCCUCUUUGAACACAUAUUUGAAUAGAGAAUAUUUUUCUAGACAUUUUGAUGUAUAAUAACACUCAUAUUAGAUUUACUAUUAUAACUAAUCCUCCAGAGAUAAUUGUUGGUUCGUGAUAAAAAAAAAAACACCCUGUAUACACUGCAUAAUUAUUUCCGAGUUGAAAUGGGCUUAGUGAAUUUUAGUUAACUUCUAACUUAGUACAUCUAUCAUUUAAUCAAUUUAUGUUGACCUACUUAUAUAUGUAUAUUAUAAUAUAAUGAUUCUAUUAAAUAAUAAAAUAUUUUAAUUAAUUUACAGAUGCUGUUACUAGGAUAUACCAUGAUGAUUCAGACUUAAGUUAUGAUGAUAGUUCUGAUGAAUCAAUGUCUUGCUAUGUUCGGUAA